CAAACAAGCGUCUUCGAGCCACACGCGAAGCUGUUCAGUCGAGUUUAGUCUGUUUUUUAUCAUUUUAAAACCCGAAACGUGCUCUUCAAACGCUCGCAUUUCGCUAACGUAACUUCAACAACUCACGAACGUCAUCGACCGGCGACGAUUCAAUUCAUCAUCCACGUCCGCGGGUUGGUACGUUCGGUUUUACGGUUUUGCAAAGGCGGGGGUUUACAGUGCGGUGUUUAUAGUAGCGAAACCCGCCCCUCCAAACCGUACCGUGCAUGCUUUCGAGCGCUCCUCCUUUACCGUACCGUACUAUGCGGUGUUUCCUGACGAACUUUUCUCACUUUUGACCGAGGCGUGGAUGUUUUUUACUUUGAAUGGGACGUAAGUGCACGUAACGCGGAUUGUCGUCGUAAAGAUAAGUUCGUGGAGGGAUUUUGUGGACGGAUGUUUUAACAAUAAGAACAUCGCGUUUUCUAUAAGUGCACUUUUUUUUUUUUCCCUGAGCCAUGGCGUGUGAGGGUAACGGGAUGUCAGAUGAGAGAAUUGGAGAGGCGCUGAUUAAAGAGGUGAUCGAGGAGGAGCUGAGGGAGGAGGUGCCCGCAGAGGCCGUCCCGCCCCUCACGCCGCUGCUGACCAAUCAGGUGCAGUCGCAGCAGGAGCAGAAGGUGGUGACGGAGCUGGCCAAAAUGAUCCGCAUCAUCGGGGACAACGUGAAGAACAACCAGCUGCUGGAGGAUGCCAUCGACGGGAUACGGCGGGCCCCGGGCUCAAAGUGGGACCUCUUCAAACAGGUGGCAGACAAAGUGUUCGCGCAGGGCAUCACGUGGGAGAGGAUCGCCGUGCUCUUCUACGUGGCCGGACGCCUCGCGGUCAAGCUGGUGGAGGCUCAUCUCCCUCAGUCGGUGCGGGAGGUGGUGCAGUGGACCGUGGACUUCUUCAGGACCAACCUGCUGGGCUGGAUCCGGGAGCACGGAGGAUGGGUCUGUAUCUCCUCACACGUGGUUCAGAGUUUCAUUUACAAACAGUUUUAUCAGCAGUUUCUCGGAGUUGGCGGCCGCCUCCAUGCGCACAGUCAGCGGGUACCAGAUCUACGGCGUCCUGCUCAUCUUUGUGGCAGGACUGGCCCUCGGCAGUUUGGUCACACUCAGACUCAUGCAUCACCAGUGACCCCCACCCACCGACCCAAAACCAGAGACCCUCACCCACUGACCCAGACCCUCGCCCACUGACCCAACCCCAGAGACCCUCACCCACUGACCCAAAACCAGAGACCCUCACCCACUGACCCAGACCCUCACCCACUGACCCAGACCCACUGACCCAAAACCAGAGACCCUCACCCACCGACCCAAACCAGAGACCCUCACCCACUGACCCAGACCCUCACCCCACUGACCCAACCCCUCACCCACUGACCCAGACCCUCACCCACUGACCCAAUUCCAGAGACCCUCACCCACUGACCCAAUUCCAGAGACCCUCACCCACUGACCCAAAACCAGAGACCCUCACCCACUGACCCAGACCCUCACCCACUGACCCAACCCCAGAGACCCUCAC